CAAAACGAACGGACGCUUCCGAUCCGCGUUCGGUUUGAUCGAUUUAGAAGUACAAAACUAGAGUGUGUCUUGAACGAGAUCGUGUGUGCUAAUGUCGCCACUUAGUGUACGCCGGAGUGUGUGACCACUUUCAGUAUCAGCUGAAGCGAGCGCAUUACUUAGGAAAGUUUUUACCGUUAGAUUUCGUAAAAGUGCUACAGAACCGUUAAAGAAAGGUUUCGUGUGAACGGAGAACAAGCAUCACCACACUCAGAAGAACCCUAUUUUUAUCAUGCAAACCAUCGGAUAUAAUGAGCAAUUUUUCGUGGACAACUACUCCACGCUGGACGACGAUGAUGACCUUCGCCUAGGCUACGACUGGUCAUCGGAUGCAAUGUCCAUCCGGAGUGUCGGAAGCGAUUCCAGUAGCUCCGAUGACAUGGACCUCAACGGUGAACGGCUUUCGCUGGCGUACGAACGGCUGUCGCAGAUACCGCGCAAGGUAGCCGAAAAGUUUUCCCGUACCACGACAAUACUCGACCUGAGUUACAAUGAAAUUAAAGACCUAUCCUUUUUGGCGCACUUCCGCCAGCUCAACACACUGAUCCUGGACAAGAAUCCGCGGCCCGAUGAGCGGACGUUGCCACCGCUGCCGAACCUCGAGCUCCUGUGGCUGAACCACUGUGAUAUCGGCAAUCUACAGAACUGGAUCUACCGCAUCCGGGAAUGCUGCCCGUCGCUGAAGUACCUAUCGCUGAUGGGUAACCCGAGCGCCACGUCCUCCUUUAAUGGGAAUUCCACGCUCGAACACAACGACUACCGGCUGUUCGUGAUCAGUAUUCUGCCCCAGCUGCGCUACCUGGACGACGGCGAAGUGACCGUGGCACAGCGGACACAAGCCAAAAACUUCAAACACACCUACAACCUUACCCAGGGCCAGUACAACAUAUUCGAGACGGCCGGGCGACGUGCGGGGGUCGUUCCUCCACUUCCUCCGCCACUGACGACGACGACGGGCCACAAAAAAAAUCGCAAGCGGCUGCGGCACAGCUCCCUUGGGGACCACUAGAACAGAACAACAGAACGCUGUGCCACUGUGCACAGACUGUGUAACGCGCACCGUGGCCCUGAUGCUUUAAGAAGCCCGGGUUUCGAAGAUGAUAAGCGAGACAAUAAUUUGGUUUCUCUGUCCGUAAUCAGUUAAGUUUUCUAAUAAAUACACGCAUACGGAACGCUGAAAGACGCGCGAUCCUGU